AUGAGCAGCCCACGCAGACGAAUCGAGACAGAUGUCAUGAAGCUUAUGUCCGACUAUGAGGUCACUCUAGUCAACGACAAUAGUAAUGAGCCCCUCGCACCGCUCGAUCUCUGUUGCAUUACUAACUACCUAAUUACAGUGCAAGAGUUCUACGUCCGAUUCAAGGGACCCGCUGAGACACCCUUCGAGAACGGAACAUGGAAAGUCCACGUCGAGCUACCCGAUCAAUACCCGUACAAAUCUCCUAGCAUCGGCUUUGUGAACCGGAUAUUCCACCCCAACAUAGAUGAGCUGACGUGGCUAAGAAAAGCGAUAUCAUGGAAUAGAUCCGGCUCAGUUUGCCUCGACGUUAUUAACCAGACGUGGUCGCCGAUGUUCGACAUGAUCAACAUCUUCGAAGUUUUCCUCCCGCAACUUCUCAGAUAUCCCAACCCCGCCGACCCCCUGAAUGGUGAAGCAGCUGCACUGCUUAUGCGGGAGCCGAAAAGCUACGACGCCAAGGUUAAGGAAUACGUCCAAAAAUAUGCCAGUAAGGAUGCUGCAGAUGACGCGGGAGCCGAGAGCGAAGAUGACGAUGAUAUGUCCUCAGUUGCGAGCUUCGGGGAUGAAGAGGACGAACCUGCCGGCCAGAUGGAUGACGUGUAG